UGAAUCUACCACAGAGUGAGAAAGACAACCAGCAUGCAUCAUAAACAAGAUGUUGAGCGGUUACUGAGAGUUUAAUGGUUUAUUGUGUUAUACUAAAGACAGAGCUCCGUUUGAAAUGAACGAGGCUACACCCCCUGGAAGAAAAGGCAACUUGACUGGAAGUGCCAGAAAACUGAAGGAUAACGCAGCAGACUGGCAUAAUUUAAUCCUAAAAUGGGAGCGUCUAAGUGAUGAAGGAUCCACCAUCGCAACCAAAAUAGUCAACUUCAGACUGAGUAAAGACAGAUCUGUGAAGGAGCCUGAGGUCAUGAUGGAGGACCAGAGUUCAUCUGCAGCUCCUGCAGAAAGAAGUGCAUAUCACAGCAACCCAGAACUAGAGGAGGAAUGCAGCAAACUACAGAACGUUGUAGACAAACUGGCCCACAUUCUGUCUAAAAUGGAGAAAAUGGUGUCUGCUGAGAAGGGGAUAUGUGAACUGGAGACAUUUCAGUAUGGAGAGAAAGGAAGACCAACACCACUGUUUCAGACUUGGUCCACAUCGCAGUUUGCUGAAGUGUCUUCUGAGCUUUAUGAGGCUUACAAGCAAGAGCUGGCCCUUAAGAGAACCAUAUUACGGGAAGUGGCCCACACAACUAACCCAGAUCUCUGCAUGGUGUAUCUGUCCUGCUGGCUCUAUCAACCCUACAUCCAGGACAACACCAAACUGCUCCUGGAGAGCUUACUGAUGGAGACGGGCUACAGAACUGUCUAAUUGACUUAUCUCAUUAUCUCUAGCUGCUUUAUCCUGUUCUACAGGGUCGCAGGCAAGCUGGAGCCUAUCCCAGCUGACUACAGGCGAAAGGCGGGGUACACCCUGGACAAGUCGCCAGGUCAUCACAGGGCUGACACAUAGACACAGACAACCAUUCACACUCACAUUCACACCUACGGUCAAUUUAGAGUCUAAUUGACUUAUUUUAUCUUUUUUUUUUUUUUUCCUCCUAAUUUAAUGGAGCAUGAAACGGGAUGGAAGGUGUGCUAUAGAAUGAGCUCCAAAUCUGGUAACAGUACAGUGGUCAAUGCAACAGUAGAGUAAUAGCUGCUGUUUUUACAGUUUCUUGGUUAUGUAUAGUAUUUUUCUAUAAUGAAGUGUGGUUUUAGUUAAAAAGCAGAGCAAUUAAUUCAGGGAAACGUGUGCUUUAUCUCCUGCAGAACUAAACAUCAAGUGUAAUAUUUUUACUGAAUUCAGUGCACAAGUUUUAUAAUUUAUUUUGGGUUUUCUGAAGUCAACACAGGGUCAAAACUAUACAUGUACUCAAUUAGAGUGGAAAUUUCAGCACCACUGAAUUAAUAAAGUGUUUUUUAACUUGCCAAA